AUGCACGGCGACGCAUGGAGAGGCAUCGCGCGCCCCGGCGUGGUCCUGGACUCCUCGUGGCCGACGUUUGCGAGCUCGCCACUCCGCACUGCGCCGCUGCCGUCCACUCGAGCCAAAGCCAAACCCGCAAUGGCGACGGCGAAGGCAUCUCCCGCCGUGCUCCUGGCGCUGGCCGCGGCCCUCGCGGUGCUCGUCGUCCCUGCUGCGGCGGCGUGCUCGGCGGCGGACCGCGACGCGCUGCUGUCGAUCCGCGCGGCGCUGACGGAGGCGCGCCUGGGCGUGUUCUCGUCGUGGGCGGGCACCGACUGCUGCGCCGGCUGGUACGGCGUGGCCUGCGACCCCACCGACGGCCGCGUCGCGGACCUCUCCCUCCGCGGCGAGGCCGAGGACGCCGUGAUGGCCCCUGCGGGGCGCCCGGCGUCGGGCGUCAUGUCCGGGUACAUCUCCGACGCCGUGUGCCGGCUGGGCCGCCUCUCGUCGCUCGUGCUCGCCGACUGGAAGCAGAUCUCCGGGCCCGUCCCGUCCUGCGUCGCCACGGACCUCCCCUACCUCCGCAUCCUCGAGCUCCCCGGCAACCGCCUCACCGGCGGGAUCCCGCCGUCCGUCGGCGCCCUCUCCCGCCUCACCGUGCUCAACCUCGCCGACAACCUUCUCUCGGGCCCCAUCCCGGGCUCCAUCACCUCCCUCGCCUCCCUCAAGCACCUCGACCUCGCCAACAACCAGCUCACCGGUCACGUCCCCGCCGACCUCGGCAAGCUCGCCUUGCUCAGCCGCGCGCUGCUCGGGCGGAACCGGCUGUUGGGCCCCAUCCCGCCGUCGGUGUCGUCCAUGCCCCGGCUCGCCGACCUCGACCUCUCCGAGAACCAGCUCACCGGCUCCAUCCCGGACGGCCUCGGCUCCGGCCACGUGCUCACCUCGCUGUACCUCGGCGCGAACCGGCUGUCGGGGAGCAUCCCGGCGAGCCUGCUCCGGAACAGCGGGCUCGGGAUCCUGAACCUGAGCCGGAACGCCCUGGAGGGCGCCGUGCCGGACGUGUUCACGCCGCGCUCCUACUUCAUGCUGCUGGACCUGUCGCGGAACCGGCUCAGCGGUGGCGUGCCGCGGUCGCUGACCUCGGCGGCCUACGUGGGGCACCUGGACCUCAGCCACAACCGGCUCUGCGGCGCCAUCCCCGCAGGCCCGCCGUUCGACCACCUCGACGCCGACUCGUUCGGCGGCAACACCUGCCUCUGCGGCGGGCCACUCGGCAAGUGCACGUGAGCGAGCCGCAGCACGACCGGCCGGCCGGCCGGUUGCUCUGUUACCGGCCGUGCUAUACGUACAAGUGUGUGUGACGUGGUGUACCGUGCACGGCGCGUAACAAACUUUUCUACGCCCGUGUGCCGGCGCACGUACGUAGAAGUGUGUACGUGCGUGCUGCGAGCUUGAUUGGUUAGCCUGGGUGGUCGUAUAGGUUUGGGUAUAGAUGGCAGUUUGCCUUCUUGUGGUGUGAUGGGAGGAAGUUAAAUGAGUGAGGGGGAAAAAAAAGAAAAAGUUUGUUCUUUCUUCCUUUGGUUUCCUCUUCUUUGAUUUUAUCUUUCCUUAAAGCUUGGGUUAAGCACAAAGAUUAAAGAGGUGCUGGGAGCUUGUAUGAGAA